CUGAGAACCUCUCUCCACCCCUAACCGCCUUGCCAACACCAACAUCACCCAACCCAAUGGAGACAAAAGAUAAGAUGAUGAGCAUGCUGACAAUGGACAAGGGGGAGAACGAGGAGGAGAGGGACAAAGGGAGGGAGGAGGUGAGGGGAGCAGAGGAGGGCACGCAGCAGGAAAAUGGCCGACUGAUGCUGGCUGACGGCCUCGCAGACAGAGGACCCAAGAGCCUGACCUCGGGCUCUGGCCAGCAGGUGUCCAAUGGCUUCACCACGUCCUCCCCCCAGAGCCCCAGGGAGGGUCCGGGGACCGCUGCCUGUGCUGUGGGUGCAACCACUGGUCCUGGAGGGGGCACUGGAUCCUUGGCUCCACUAGGAGGCCUGAGAACCCUGGUGGUCCAACAAACCAGCCUGGAGAGGCCCAGAGAGACCUGGAGCAAGAAGAUGGACUUCCUGCUGUCUGUGAUCGGCUAUGCUGUGGACCUGGGAAACGUGUGGCGCUUCCCGUACAUCUGCUACCAGAAUGGAGGAGGUGCCUUUUUGCUGCCCUACCUGCUGAUGGCGGUGUUCGGCGGUGUGCCUCUGUUCUACAUGGAGCUGGCUUUAGGCCAGUUUCACCGCAGUGGCUGCAUCUCCAUCUGGAAGCACAUCUGCCCCAUCUUCAAAGGGAUCGGCUUUGCCAUCUGCAUCAUAGCCCUCUACAUAGCCUUCUACUACAACACCAUCAUGGCCUGGGCCCUGUACUACCUGAUCUCGUCGUUCCAGCCCACGCUGCCCUGGACCACCUGCACCAACAGCUGGAACACGGCCAACUGUAACCGCUACAUGUCCUCCGACCACAACGUGUCCUGGUCCAACUCCUCCACGUCUCCUGCCGAGGAGUUCUAUACCCGCCAGGUGUUGCAGGUCCACCUCUCCCCAGGUCUGCACCAGCUGGGCUCUGUCAGCUGGCAACUGGCCCUCUGUCUGCUCUUCAUCUUCACCAUCGUCUACUUCAGUAUCUGGAAAGGAGUCAAGACGUCUGGGAAGGUAGUGUGGGUGACCGCCACCUUUCCCUACCUGGUCCUCGUGGUCCUGCUGGUCCGUGGGGCCACGCUGCCAGGAGCCUGGAGGGGCGUCGUCUUCUAUCUCAAACCGGACUGGGAGAAGCUGCUGAGCACGACAGUGUGGAUUGAUGCAGCGGCUCAGAUAUUCUUCUCUCUGGGUCCGGGCUUCGGUGUUCUUCUCGCCUUUGCCAGCUACAACCCAUUUCACAACAACUGCUACAAGGAUGCGUUGGUCACCAGCUCCGUGAACUGUCUGACCAGCUUCCUGUCUGGCUUCGUCAUCUUCACCGUGCUGGGCUACAUGGCUGAGAUGAGGCAGCAGAGUGUGGAUGCUGUGGCCAAGGAUGCAGGUCCCAGUCUGCUGUUCAUCAUCUAUGCAGAAGCCAUAGCCAACAUGCCUGCUGCCACCUUCUUUGCCAUCAUCUUCUUCCUCAUGAUCAUCAUGCUGGGUCUGGAUAGCACGUUUGCAGGGCUGGAAGGAGUAAUCACAGCUAUGCUCGAUGAGUUCCCUCAUGUCCUGUCGAAGAGGCGGGAGUGGUUUGUCUUCGGCCUUGUGUGUGUCUGCUACCUGGGCGCCCUCUCCACACUCACAUAUGGAGGAGCGUUUGUGGUGAAGCUGUUUGAGGAGUACGCCACCGGCCCUGCAGUCAUCACCGUGGUGCUGCUCGAGGUCAUCGCUGUUUCCUGGUUCUACGGCACCAACCGAUUCUGUAAUGACGUCCAGGUGAUGCUGGGGUUCGCCCCGGGUUGUUUUUGGAGGGUCUGCUGGGUGGCCAUCUGCCCCUGCUUCCUACUGUUCAUCAUCAUCAGUUUCCUGGCCUUCCCCCCAGAGGUCAGGUUGUUCCACUACCAGUACCCUCCGUGGACCACCGUCCUGGGCUACUGCAUCGGCGUGUCUUCCUUCAUCUGUGUGCCUGCUUACAUGGUCUACCACUUGCUUAACGCCAAGGGUACAUUCAAACAGCGCCUGUUAAAGAGCAUCACUCCGGAGCCGAGCAGCGACAACCACAGAGACUUCAUUGUGACCAACGCAGUCUGACCAGCGCUGACCUACAGGAUGGGCCACGCUCGCUGGCUGGAGCGCCCUCUUCUGGGCACACUGCAGAACUACAGGACAAGGGGGCUACCUUUCACCGUCUUUGCCUCUUUUCAUACGUCUCCUACACUCACACUUCUCUCACCCACUAAGAUCUAGAAACUGGGGAUGGACUUAGGUAGAGCCAGGCUGCAGUGGCUUUUUUAUCUUUUUAUUUUUUUUUAG